CAGUGUUUGGCACAGAUAAGACCCCCCUCAACAUCCUCCCUUUAUUCCGGCUUUUUGUUUGCUUUUGUCCUGACACACAAAACAAAACCUCCUCCGGGGACUGCAGCGGCGAGGCAAGUGUAAGAGAGAGCGGUGAUGACAGAGGAGAGGUGUGCCAAAGUGGAGCAGUAUGUUGGUGAAAUUAAAGGUGGCCUGAGACCAACCAUGAAACUCACAGUCAUAGGCAUGGUGCACUCCAAACCCAAGAGCUUUUCAGUGACUCUGCUCUGUGAUCCAGUGGAUGCCAACAAAGAUGUUGGGCUGUUAUUUACAGUUAACUUCAGUGAGAAAUCCAUCACCCGAAAUGCACGAAUUGGUGGGAAAUGGGGAAGAGAGGAGAAGACUAUUCCCUACUUCCCAUUUACAGCAGGUGACACAUUCAAGAUGGAGCUCUUAUGUGAACACCAGCAAAUACGAGUCUUGCUUGAUGGACGGCAGCUCUGUGACUUCACUCACCGCGUUCAGCCGCUCAACUUAGUGAAAGCUUUGCGGAUCUCAGGGGACAUCAAGCUUACCAAAGUGGCUUGAAAAAAGGAGACCACACUAUCACCAGAGGACAGAGGAAAAUGCAGCUUUUCUGGAACUGAAAGGUUUUGACAGCUGUGGAUUUCACAGUCUUCUCUGGACCAGCCCUAGGAAAUGGUAUCUGUAGCUGGACCUGCUCUGCCCAUUCCUGUUCUUGCAUCUAAUUAAAACUGCACCUUUGCUGGCAAACUUCUUUAUGAGCUCUCUUAAAUAUUUGAAUGCAUGUAGUAAGUGUUGUGCUGUUAUUUCACUGUUGCAGCUUUUGAGGAAAAUCCUAAAUACGUGGCUAUUCUAAUAAACAAACAAGCAUGUAUCAUAUUCUGUCUUUGGUGAUGAAGAGACUCCUUUUCAAUACACAACUCAGAACAAAACAUCUGCACAGAAAUGAAUCUGUGGAUAGAGAGUUGUCAAAUUCUUCUACAACUUCAGGGAAGAUAAAGAGCAUGCUGCCUUUUUGAAGGCUCUGUAGAAUCUGGCUGUCAGAUACAGGUACUCAGAUAAAACAAGGAAUUUUAUGAAAAUAGUGUGUCAGCAGGCUGAUUGGGUGUUUGAAUGGUUUCCUACAUUCCAUUUUUGCCCUCUGGUGUCUCAGUUUAUAUAUAAAUC